AUGGGUUACAAACGGCAAGAGUGACGAAGUGACAGGAGGAGGAGGAAGAAGGAAAGGAGAGACCUUGACGGAAACUCCACCUUAAAAAUGGCGGCUGAUGCUCUGAGAAUUACGCGUUUGAGUUCUGGUUCGGUGGUUUGUGAUCUUAAUGGGUCGCAGAGACGACCCGUCCUUCUUCCUCUGUCUCAUCGUGCUCGAUUUCUGGGUCUUCCUCCUCGAGCCUCUUCUUCUUCGAUUUCCUCUUUGUCCUCUGAGCUUUUGGGAAGCUUUCGUUUUGGGUUGGGUUCGGCGAACGUGUCCCGCCAUGGACAGAACUCCAGGAGGAGGCAGUUCUCUGUUUUCGCCAUGGCUGAUGAGGUGAAGCGAACUGUUCCACUCAAUGAUUACCGUAACAUCGGGAUUAUGGCUCACAUUGACGCCGGAAAAACGACUACAACCGAGAGAAUUCUGUACUACACGGGAAGAAACUACAAGAUCGGGGAAGUGCACGAGGGAACAGCCACCAUGGAUUGGAUGGAACAAGAGCAAGAAAGAGGAAUCACCAUAACCUCAGCUGCAACCACAACUUACUGGGACAAACACCGCAUUAACAUCAUCGAUACACCUGGACACGUGGAUUUCACUCUCGAAGUAGAGCGUGCUCUUAGGGUUCUUGACGGUGCCAUAUGCUUGUUCGACAGUGUUGCUGGUGUUGAGCCUCAAUCCGAGACUGUGUGGAGGCAAGCUGAUAAAUAUGGAGUUCCCAGAAUUUGCUUUGUCAAUAAGAUGGACCGACUUGGGGCAAACUUUUUCAGGACAAGGGAUAUGAUAGUGACCAAUUUGGGUGCAAAGCCCCUGGUCCUUCAAUUACCGAUUGGUUCCGAGGAUAGUUUCAAGGGUGUUGUCGAUCUCGUGAAGAUGAAAGCUAUUGUCUGGUCAGGGGAAGAGUUGGGUGCUAAGUUUGCUUACGAGGAUAUUCCAGAAGAUCUUCAAGACUUGUCUCAGGAAUAUCGGAGUCAGAUGAUAGAAACGAUAGUUGAGUUGGAUGAUGAAGCCAUGGAGAACUAUUUAGAAGGGGUCGAGCCCGAUGAGGAGACUGUUAAGAAACUGGUUAGAAAGGGAACCAUCUCGGCCAAGUUUGUUCCCGUACUGUGUGGUUCAGCUUUUAAGAAUAAAGGAGUGCAGCCAUUACUUGAUGCCGUGGUAGACUAUUUGCCAUCACCAAUCGACUUGCCAGCGAUGAAGGGAUCAGAUCCCGAGAACCCAGAAGCUACAGUUGAACGGAAAGCGGAUGAUGAUGAGCCAUUCUCCGGGCUAGCAUUCAAGAUCAUGAGUGAUCCUUUCGUGGGUUCUCUUACGUUUGUGAGAAUCUACUCGGGGAAACUUGCAGCCGGGUCUUAUGUGCUGAAUGCGAACAAGGGGAAGAAAGAGAGAAUCGGAAGACUCUUGGAAAUGCACGCAAACAGCAGAGAAGAUGUUAAGGUGGCUUUGACGGGUGACAUCGUGGCUCUUGCCGGGCUUAAAGAUACAAUCACGGGCGAAACCCUGAGUGACCCGGAUAGUCCCGUCGUGCUUGAACGGAUGGACUUCCCGGAUCCUGUUAUCAAGGUAGCCAUCGAACCAAAGACGAAAGCGGAUAUAGAUAAGAUGGCCACUGGCUUGAUCAAGCUCGCACAAGAAGACCCGUCUUUUCAUUUCUCCCGGGACGAAGAGAUAAACCAAACAGUAAUCGAAGGAAUGGGAGAACUGCAUCUCGAGAUUAUUGUCGACCGGCUCAAGAGGGAGUUUAAGGUCGAGGCCAAUGUGGGUGCACCACAAGUGAACUACCGGGAGAGUAUCUCUAAAGUAGCAGAAGUGAAAUAUGUACACAAGAAACAAUCGGGUGGACAAGGUCAGUUUGCUGAUAUCACAGUCCGGUUCGAGCCGUUGGAAGCAGGAAGUGGGUAUGAAUUCAAGAGCGAGAUCAAAGGAGGAGCCGUACCGAAAGAGUACAUUCCGGGUGUAAUGAAGGGGCUGGAGGAGUGCAUGAGCAAUGGCGUGUUGGCCGGUUUCCCUGUGGUAGAUGUCCGAGCGGUUCUGGUGGAUGGUUCAUACCAUGAUGUGGAUUCAAGCGUUCUUGCCUUCCAACUCGCUGCGAGAGGAGCUUUCCGAGAUGGGGUAAAGAAAGCUGGUCCGAGAAUGUUGGAACCAAUCAUGAAGGUUGAAGUGGUUACACCCGAAGAACACCUCGGAGAUGUCAUUGGAGAUCUCAACUCUCGAAGAGGUCAAAUCAACAGUUUCGGUGACAAACCCGGCGGUCUCAAGGUGGUGGAUGCAUUGGUGCCAUUGGCAGAGAUGUUCCAAUACGUGAGUACUCUGAGAGGGAUGACCAAAGGACGUGCUUCUUACACUAUGCAACUCGCUAAGUUCGACGUUGUCCCUCAACACAUUCAGAACCAGCUUGCUUCCAAAGACCAAGAAGUUGCUGCUUAGUCCUCAUUUCCCUCUUUUUGUUUUGUUUGAUCGUUUUUUAAUACAGAAUUUUCAGUGAAGCUGUUUGUCUUCAGAUAACAUUGCGGGGCAUUUUGUGAGGCAUACAGUUUUGUCUUCUCCAUAUUCAAUACUGUAAACGAAACAUUUCUUGGAAUCAAAAUUUGUCCAAAGCAAUGGGGGACGAA